AUGUCCAAAAGCAAAAUGAAACACAACAAUAUAGUCAAAAAGUUCAUUUCAAAAUUUCUAAUACUAGUAACUAUCCUUCUCGUUUCAACAAAAUGGACCAUAGCAGAAGAAGUUGAUGAUCAGCGUGAAUUUGAUUACACAAAAGAGGAUGAGCAUGAAUUUGAUUACACAAAAGGGAGUAAAAAGAGUCCUCCAUAUUGGGGAGAAUUGAAGAAGGAAUGGGCCGCAUGUAAGAAUGGAAAAAUGCAAUCUCCAAUUGAUAUGACAAAUGACAAUUUAAAAAUAGUUCCAAAUUUAGGGAGAAUAGAGAAGAAUUAUAAGCCUAAGAAUGCUAUUCUCAAAAAUAGAGGUCAUGAUAUUCAGGUGAAAUGGUUGGGAGACGCAGGAUCAAUAAAAAUCAAUGGAACAAAAUUUUUUCUACAUCAAGCCCAUUGGCACUCACCUUCGGAACAUACCAUCGAUGGAUCAAGGUAUGAGGUGGAGCUACACAUGGUACAUGAAAGUCCAAUAGUAAAUGGGAAAUCCGAGACUGCUGUUCUUGGGGUUCUAUAUAAGUUUGGUCCAUCUGAUCCUAUUCUGACUAAGUUGUCAAAACACAUAAAAGCCAUGGUGAAUAAUAUAUCAGAAACGAAUAUUGGAGAUAUUAAUCCCUCCGAAUUCGUUUGCGAAGGAGAUGAAUAUUACCAAUACGUUGGCUCUCUCACCGUUCCUCCUUGCACUGAAGGUGUCAUUUGGACUAUUAAUAAAAAGGUAGGAACUGUGUCUGAAGAUCAAGUGAGUUUACUUAGGAAGGCUGUUCAGGAUCAUGCAACAAAGAAUGCUAGACCUUUGCAACCCCGGAAUGGAAGAGACAUAUUAUACUAUGACCCAAAAGAGAAGUAA